UACAGGCACGCACUCUGAUAACCGGAAGCAUCAAUAGAAGCGAUUGAGAAACGAAAAAUAUUAUCACCUGUCGAUUGCGUUCAUAUAGCUCUUUUGCGCUCCCAUUAAUUUCCAUAUCCCACUUCCAUAACACCCAUACCCUUUCGUUAAUUCGCUGUCGACUCGGUCUGGACGGAUACAGCAGAGCUGGCUGUGUAAUUCUUUGCGCAAACGGGGGGUUUGGAGGUGCGUUAUAGCCUCGCUACAGAACAAAUGUAAACAAGCAGCUGAUCAGCUGUGCGGCCGAAGACGCGCAACGAAACGGCGUGAUGACAGCGACCCGCAGGGUUUGACAAACAUAUUCUGCAUCAUAUAAAGCCAAAUUAGAGAUGUAUUUGCAUGUUGUAGAGUUGUUGUAGACGUUAGAGCAGUACACGAGGACAACUCCCAACCAGCGGCAGAUACAAAACAAACGGCUUAUUUUUUUAUUAUUAAUAUGUUUUUUUACUGAUUAGAAGAGUGAUGAAUAGAUUUAUUUGUCUUAAUAUCUGCUUGAAGAUUGGAUAACUUCAAGUCUAACAGGAAAAGCAACAGGAUUCGAGAAAUAACAAGGGAAGAAUAAGGUUAACAGUCCCUUCUGGGCCCCACGGAAUAAAUAAAUAUCAGAAACGUAUUAAUAUUUACAUGAAGCUGGAAGUUUAAGGCACCCAAACAUCACAUUUCCUGGGGAGCAGCAGAGUAAAGCUGAAGGAUCAGGACUGUCAUGGCACACCAGCAGAUGCCGAGCUCUCAGAAGGCUCUGAUGCUGGAGCUGAAAUCCCUGCAGGAGGAGCCAGUGGAAGGUUUCCGCAUCACUCUAGUGGAGGAGUCGGACCUCUACAACUGGGAGGUGGCCAUCUUUGGCCCUCCAAACACACUUUAUGAAGGGGGCUACUUCAAGGCCCAUAUAAAAUUUCCUAUCGACUACCCCUACUCUCCUCCGUCCUUCCGAUUCCUCACCAAGAUGUGGCAUCCAAACAUCUAUGAGAAUGGCGACGUGUGUAUUUCUAUUCUCCAUCCUCCUGUGGAUGACCCUCAGAGUGGAGAGCUGCCCUCAGAGCGAUGGAAUCCCACACAGAAUGUCAGAACAAUCCUGCUGAGCGUGAUCUCACUGCUUAACGAACCCAACACCUUUUCUCCUGCAAAUGUGGACGCCUCGGUCAUGUUUCGCAAGUGGAGGGACAGCAAAGGCAAGGACAAGGAAUACGCAGAGAUUAUAAGGAAGCAGGUAAUAUCCACGAAGGCAGAUGCAGAGCGAGAUGGAGUUAAAGUACCAACGACGCUAGCUGAGUACUGCAUCCAGACCAAAGUGCCUUCUCAUGACAGUAGCUCUGACCUGCUCUAUGACGAUCUAUAUGACGACGACAUAGAGGAGGAGGAGGAUGACGACGACGAGGCAGAGGCCAGUGGGAUUGGCAGCGAAAUGGCCGGGGACUGUUUUGGUGACGAAGACGACUCUGGCAACGAGGAAUCUUGACCUCCUUCCACCGUUUCCGUGACACUGACCUUCGCCCUCUCAAUAUUCUUUACCCUGACAGCCUCAUAAAGCUUUCUUUUUCCACUCUGUUCCAAAAAACUCAUUACUUAAGAUCUCUGUCCUUUUCUGCACCUCCCCAUUUCUAAGUAAAGUACACUUUGGCUUCAUAAAA